AUGGCCCUCCGCUGUACUAAGGAUGUGGUGACUCUUAUGUUGGAUCAGAUUACCCGUGGUCUUAACGAAUUCUCUAUGAUGGAAUAUUCUCGAACAGGUGGUGGGGCGCCUAAUUUGCAUCCUCGGCUUCACCGUUCGCUUGCAGUAUUGAUUGACUUUUCGACAGCUUUCGAUUCUCUUGAUCACUGCAAAUUAUUGAAUAUUCUGGAUAGGCUUCCGCAACUAGGACCCCGCUCUAAAAGAUGGUUACAAAACUAUCUGCGCGGUCGCUAUAUCAAGGUGCGAGUGGAUGAAAAUACAUCUCGAGCGCAACUCACAUCUGCUGGGGUACCUCAAGGCAGUGUACUUGGUCCCCAGCUUUUCCUCUACUAUGUGGAUGAUCUGCUAUGCCGUCUGGACAAUAUCUUCUCUGUGUCAGCAUUUAUGUAUGCGGAUGACUUGACACUUGUUGCUUCAGGGGCAGACAUCCACGCUUGUGCUUCGGCGGUUCAACCAGCCCUCGAUGUGAUUACUACAUGGGCUGCCGAGUACAACUUGAUGUUGAACGUAUCUAAGAGUGACGCAGUACUCUUCUACGCCUCUUCCCAUACAGCAUCCGAUGCGGAAGAGGUACAUCUUCGGCUUGGUCACGGG